AUGUCAUUGCCAAAAGCUUCAAUCAACGAUAAUAAUAAUAAGCUAAAAAGUCUCUCAACACUAAGAAGCAGCAGUUUCGGUGCAGUAAAUAUGAUUCACAGCAAUGCUUUGCAUCACAACACGAACAAGAAACAAAUUCCCAGAGGCAGUCGGGACAUGCGAAAGCAAAAGGUUCAAAAGGUUCAAAAGAUCACAGAAAACUUGUUGUGCAUAAUGGUGGACCCAAAAUCGGAUUCAAAUAAAAAAGGAUCACGUAUCAACACGAUAUUUUCAUCCCACAAUUGGGGAUCUUAA